AUGAUACCUUCAUGGCAAGUCGCGGCUGUGCUGCUCCUUGCUGGACCAUCACUGGCGGACAAUUUUACCAUUUAUAACGGCCAGAUUUUCACUCCUGGCUUUGUAGUCUUAGAUGCACCUCAACCAUACACGCCUCUUGGAGGAGACACCCUCCAUGUCGCUAUCGAUGUAACCGCCAACGGCAAAUUGCCGUUGCCGUCAAAUGACAACGACAACGACAACAAUGAUGACAACCAAAUUUUCAGCAUCGAGAUGUUUCUCUACAGCUACGUCACAGGGCGCAACUUUACCAUCUCAAAUAGAACGGCGAGCGCUAACAACGCCAGCCUGGGUGAGAUCAUGGCGCAAGAGCCUGGAAGCACUGUGAAGCACGUCAACUGGGUCUGGCCCGAUUGCCUUAUUGGAGAUGGCGCGCCAGAAGGAGACAGUGAUCGCGGAGUUUACAAUAUUUCAAUCCGCCAAAACUUUAGAUACAACGGCGACGAUUACUACACCAUAUUCGAUGUCCCCAUCUCUGUCAACAAUUCUAUUCCAGAGGGUAACGAUCGACCGUCGUGCGAUGAGCUGUCGAAUGAGAUUCUUUCACCUGAAGAUAUCGAUGUCGAAGCAGCUAAUGAGGUGGGCGUUUUGUUUGCGCCUGGCGAUGCGACUGAACUUGAUAUAGGUGGUGAGAACUCUGUAGGAUCUGUUUUUGGUCCUAGUAUGAGGCUAUAUGUUGGUGUCGUGGGUGUUUUCAUGGCUCUGUUGGUGUAG